AUGUCUUCCUCCCCCGUUCUCCUCCUACGUCCUCCCCGUCCUCCUCCGUCCUCCUACGUCCUCCUCCUCCGCCCUCGUAUGUCCUCCUCCCCGUCCUCCUCCGUCCUCCCCCUUCCUCUUCCACCCUCCUCCGUCCUCCUCCACCCUCCCCCUUCCUCCUCCACCCUCCUCCGUCCUCCUCCGUCCGCCUAUGUCCUCCUCCUCCAUCCUCCUCCGCCCUCCUAUGUCCCCCUCCACCGUCCUCCUCCAUCCUCCUCCUCCGCCCUCCUAUGUCCCCCUCCACCUUCCUCCUCCACCCUCCCCCGUCCUCCAAUGUCCCCCUCCACCGUCCUCCUUCAUCCUCCUCCGCCCUCCUAUGUCCCCCUCCCGUUCUCCUCCACCCUCCCCCGUCCUCCAAUGUCCCCCUCCACCGUCCUCCUCCAUUCUCCUCCGCCCUCCUAUGUCCCCCUCCACCGUUCUCCUCCACCCUCCCCCGUCCUCCAAUGUCCCCCUCCACCGUCCUCCUCCAUCCUCCUCCGCCCUCCUAUGUCCCCCUCCACCGUUCUCCUCCACCCUCCCCCGUCCUACAAUGUCCUCCCCUGUCCACCUCCGUCCUCCUCCACCCUCCUCCUUCCUCCUCCCCUCUGCUCCUUCCUCCUCCCUCAGCCUGGUUCUGGUUUUGUGCUGCUGCUUGUUCUGGUGGCUGGGCUCCAGGUGUGUUGUAAGUCUGUGGUGGUUUCCAGCAGGCGCCGCGGGGCUGAGCUCCAGUGUUCUUCAGUUCUGUUUCACAAACUCUUGGAUUUGAAAAAGAGGGACUGGUCUCGUCACAGCGUCUGUAACGUUCUAGAGACAGCACGCAGUUUGGAAUCGGACCAGGCUUUUGUUAUCGCGGAUGAAUUAGAAGAAACCGGAAGCGAGGGGUAA